AAGAACUCGUACUCGUCUUGGACCAUGGGAAAAGUGUAAAGAAAGAUUUAGCACACAAUUCACACCGUUUUUUCUAAAGAAAACUUUUGUUACCAAGACCUACACGUUUGUAAACCUGUUUACCUUCUCUUCACUCUAAUUGGCUCAUUUGAUGACAUUAUCUAACGAUUAGGACAAGAUCAGACCAAAAUUGGCAUUCAGUUGCGACAGGCUCAAAGGGUGUUUCAAGAUUUGUUCUCCAACAAGAGAAUACGGCUGUUUUUGAGAAUAUAUUUGAUAUAUUAGUAAAAAUAAGGUGACAAUGAUGAGAUGUGUAUAUUUAGCUGCGGUUGCUGUGGCUGGUUUAGGCAUCGUCAUAGCUGACACGACUCUGACAGUUGAAACCAGCAACCCGGAAAUCUACGCAUAUUAUGGUUCACAAAUAACGAUUUCUUGUACAUCAACUGGAUCACCACAGCCAACGAUCACCUGGAGAGCAAGAAGAGAAACAUUAGACGAAAAAAGUGGCGCAGUAAUUGAAUCAACUAAUCUGACGUCAACAAAAACUAAAAGUGUCCUAACAAUCAAAAGCGUUGUUUGUUUGAGGUGUGCGGUUCAAAAGGAGAUAAUGACAAAGAGGUAUGAAUGUCUGGCAAAGAACAAAAAUGGUAUGGGUCGAAAAAAAAUCCUUGUACGUAUUGAUGUAAAACCAAUGGCUCCAGUGAUUUACACUUCAAAAGUGACCAGCAGCUCGAGUAUUUUGGUAAAUUGGAGAGCGGUUACGAGAGUACCAAAUGGUGUACCUAUAGAGUCGUACAUUCUGCUUUUUAAUGCUGAUCAUCAGAAAAGUCAACGAUCUAUCAACGUCACCGCCAAAGAAAAUAUUACUGCCAAUUAUGAAUAUGAGCUAACAGGCUUGAAUCAGAUAACGGCUUACUCAAUUUCUGUAUCUGCAAAGAACAGGUAUGGAGUCGGAGCAGCCUCAGAACCCGUUAUCGAGAAGACGAAAGCCAUUGACCCACAACCUCCAGAGAUAUCAUUGGAUGGUCCUGUAACGAAUCAAAACAUCUCUUUAAAAUUUUUCCCUUCGCCAUUAAACAAGCAAGAAAUUUUAGCUUAUCAGAUAUUUGUUGAAAUGAUCAGCGACAAAGUAACGAGUACCCCCAUAGCAUUACCGAAUGUCUAUGGCAAUAAUUCACUGAAAAACAAACAUAUUUAUAUAGCAGCACACUUCAAUGGAAACGAGUUACCCGGUGAAUUUACUCUGGGCGAUAAUAAGUGGUAUGAGUAUCACAAUAAUAAGAAACUGGAGCCUUUAACAAAAUAUAGAAUAUACGUAAGAGCUUUGGCCAAAGAUUUCAAUGACAAGGAUACAAUCAUCUACGGAAAACCAAAAUUCAUUGUGGCUACAACAAAAUUACCAGGAGUUCCAAAACUUGCUGUAAUCGAGGUAUCGAAAAAAUGGUUGAUAUUUGCUUGGAGCGGAGUCAAAUCUAAAAAAUUUUUUUACAAAUUGGUGGUUAAACAAGGAGAAAAAAUCAUUUUUGAUAAAAAAGUGGAAGACGUUCCGUAUAAAGUGGAAAAUUUGGAGAAAGGAAAAAAGUACAAGGCGUAUCUAUAUGUUUGUACGAAAGCGUCAAAAUGUUUUACAGAGCCGGAAGGAAUGGAGUUACAAACAGUUGCUCGUGAAGGUGAAUCAUCGAUGCAGGUUCUGAUUAUUAUAAUUGCUGUUGGGUCAGUUGUUCUGUUAAUUAUCUUAGUUAUGGCAGUUUUCUGUUGUCUGAGAAGAAGAAAAAGACAGAAACAAGGAUUCUUAAAGAAAAGUAUGACAACUGAAUAUGCAGCAGAGCCACAUCAAUCGAAAAAUGGUUCAAGUAGGAAAAUAGAUGAAGAGAACAUCGCCCUGAUCGAAAGAAAAGAAAAUGGGGACGCUGUUAACGAGAAGGAUUUGAAACCAAUUCGAGCAAAACCGUUAAACAGCAACGCAGAAUCAUCAACCGAUCCUUCAACUGAAUGGGAGUGUUCUAAAGACCAUAUUAGCAUUAUCAAAGAAAUUGAACAUGAUCAUUUUGGAAAAACAUGCAAAGGUUCGGUAAGGUCCCAAAAAGGUGAUAAUGAGGAUGGAUCAGUCAUGCUAAGAAUAUUAAAAGACGAACCAAGCGAAAGUUUAAAGGCAGAAUUUUUAUCAAUUAUUGAAGUGAUGAAAAGGCUACCUGUACAUGAUGGUGUAACUAAUUUGCUGGGAUGUAUUACAAAACAUGAUCCGACGACAAUAAUCAUGGAAUAUGUACCAUAUGGAGACCUGUUAGGAUAUAUGAGAACAAGUCGUGGACUACAUGAUGAACAUUAUAAGGCAGAGAAAUCGCGUGUGAAUGAUUUAGGCUCAGCUGAGCUUAUGUCAUUUGCCGAGCAAAUAGCAUCAGCAAUGGCACAUUUAGAACGUCACAAAGUUACGCAUGGUGAUCUGGCAGCCAGAAAUGUUUUGGUAGGGCGGCAAGGUCUUUGUAAACUAACAAGAAUCGGUGAACAUCCAAUGGUCUUUGACAAAGAUACUUAUGCUACUAGGAGAAAGGAUCGUCUGUUAGUGAAGUGGGCUGCUAUUGAAGUUGUGAUGGAUAAAGUGAGAACAACUCAAAGUGAUGUGUGGAGUUAUGGAAUACUUUUGUAUGAAAUUGCUACAGUGGGUGGCUCUCCAUAUGUUGGGAAAGAUGAACAUUGGUUACUAGAUAUGCUAAAAGAGGAUUAUCGAAUGCCUUGUCCUGACCAUGUCAGUGAAGCUUUAUAUUCAGUAAUGUUAGAUUGUUGGAAAAACGAUCCUAGCGAGCGACCAGAUUUUGAAAAGUUGGUGAAAGUUAUGAGAACCUUGACACUAAUGAACAAACACCAGGAUCAUAUAAAUAUUGCAAAGUACGAUGGUGAGCUGUUUUCAAAACUGGAUGAUGACAAAUGCUGAGUUGCGGUUAUCAAAACGCAGAAUCAAUGACGCGUGGGUUUAUCCACGCUACGCCACGGCGACCAUAUACUUGUCAGCACGAGUCUGGUUGGGAAUACUAAAGAUAUACCUCGUGCUCGGGAUUAUUUCGUGAAAUUUAACUUAAAGAAAUUAUACUGAGGCUAAUUAAAUCUGAUUGGAGGGCAUCUUUUUAUACAUUGAAAGACGCAUGGAUUCUCUUACGACAAGGUUCUCUUUCGUUCCAUAUUUUUUGUUUAUAUCUAAAGGCCAUGUACACGCUGCAAUUUUUCUUGCAACUUGUAAUGCACUUCUACGUUUAAGAGAUGUAAAUUAGUGAAGAGUCUGGUGUAAGAAACGCCAUGGACUGGCCAUGGAAUGUAUGAAUAACAAAAGUUUGGUUGUUGCCAAAUUUACAUCUCUCAAAAGAAGAAUUGCAUUGCAAGUUGCAGGAAAAAUCGCACCGUGUAACAAGGCCUUAAGGGAAUAACCAUAAUUUUCAAAUAGUGUGUUAAGAACUAAUGACUUACUUACAAAUAGUAGUGCUAAUUAUGGACUACCGUAAACCUAAACCCAAAUACCGAGCUAAAUACUAUGUAUUUUACCAAAAGUAAAAUUGUGCAUAAACUUGCAUUUUAAGGACGCGCAGGCCUCGGUCAGCUGUAUAGAUCAUCUAAAGAUACGUUUGCACAAAGAUUUGUCUGACGUUUGUCGUAUUUUUUCCACUGAGACUGAUUAUAUCAUUAAUGCAUCUGAAUGACGGUCUGACAAACUGAGAGGAAACGUACCUUUAGGCCAUUUUAGCUAGGAAAACGUAUAUAUUAUUGGUUAACAUAUGUUGGUAACAGUACUUAGAGAAACCUCAUGGUAGCUGUGCAUUGGUGAUAGGCAAAAUUGCAGUUGUAAUGUAUAAAAAUAGGAUUAUUAAGGAGAUUGACUAUGCUGUUUCAGGAAUUUGAAAUUUGUAUGCUUUCUAUUCUUCAUUUGUCACGUUGUUUUGAAAUCUUAUUUUAAACCAAUGAACGUCCAAACGUCCGACUCCAAUUGUGUUGGAUCUAAUUGUCAGAUUGUGUAUCCGAUUAUAAUACUUUGGAUCCAACACAAACUUGCGACAAAACUGGACUGAUUGCGUGAACAGAUCCAGGUGCGGAUCCUGCAUUUUGGCUGAUUGAUGCGAUGUUUUGAACCUACUGGAUGCGUCUCAUCUUUUUAUAUUUUAUAUUAAGUAUUUGUGCAAUUCGCUUAUUUUGCUCAAUCGUUCUAUUUAAUUCUGAAAGUAAGAAAAAAGGUAUUCGAAAAAAAUUAAAUUAAAAACCUCUAUAAAUUUCUAU